AUGAAUAAUGUCGAAACUAGAGAAAGGUUUUUGGAUUGUAAUAUAUCAUUUGUUAUUUAGAAUUUGUAGUUUUCUUUCUUGAUUGUGAGAAGAAUUAAAUUAAAUAUUUGAUAUCAUAAGAUAUAGAAAAGCACUAAUCAAAGAAUAAUGUCUGUCAUUUCACCAUAAGAGUAUUACCUCUAAAAUAUGAUUCUUAAACAAAUUUUGAAUUAACACCUGUUGUCAAAUUUGACUAUGAUAAUAUAUUUUCAUAAGAGUAGUUAUACAACUGGUAAGUAGAUAAAGAAACUAUAGCAGUAUUUGGAUAGGAUUAUGAUUAUGAUUAGUGUAAAUCUGAAAUUCUUCUUAUUAAACCUCAUUUAAUGGAUUAGGCAUUCUAUAUCAUUCAUACUUAAUUUUAAUGUUCAUACACAACAAUAAAUGUAACAAAUUGGAUUAACCCUAACUAAAUUGCUAUUUGGGUAAAUUGUAAUGAUGGGUCAACAAGACCAAGCAUUUUUGUUUUGAUUUAAGUAAAUAUUAUAAUGGAUAAAACUGGUUACCUGAACCUUAAUUUAUAGCAACUUUGGUAAUCAUUUAAACUUAAAAAUCACUAGGUUAGAGAUUAAUAUAUUGCUAAUGAACCAUCAGUUUUCAUGGAUAUUUAUCAAUUUCAUUUAGGAUCUACUUAAGUAAUUCAAAUGAGACAAUUGAAUAUUAAUCCAAAAUAUCUGUCAUCAAUUAUAACAAUAUUUAAGAACCAUAAAUUAUUCAGGAAUUUAACAGUGAUCAAUUUUGGAUUACAACUGAUGUUGAUCAUUCUUACAUUCUUCUUAGAAAUGAUUAAUCAAUGUAUGCAAUAAUUUUAGUAUUCUUAGUACUCAAGAUUAAACACUCACAUUUUAAAUUAUAAUCCCUUUUGAUGAAGGAUUAUUAUUGUUAAAAAUUAUUGAAGAAGCAAAAAUAAUUGAAAAAUAUGAUAUUCAUAUAGUUGAGUAACUAUUUGAAUUCUAUUAUUGA